AUGAUACGGGCUGGGCUGCGAUUAGCAGCUCUCAGAGCGGCACCGGCGCGUCCGCAGCUGGCUAUAAGGUCGCUCGGAGCGCCAUUUCAGCCAUCAUCUCGCCUCCGGAACUUCCUAGCCGUCCUCACCGUCCUUGUCGUCCUCUACCACACGUACGCUCCCUUCCGGCAUACCGUGCUCGCCGGAGUACGAUGUUCGCGCCUGAUGAAGGCUGUUGUCCUCGACGUGAUCGACUAUAAGCGGACGUUCGCACAAGAGGCGCGGCUAGGCCCCUUUGAGCUGCUUAGCGAUGAGCAAAACACGGCUCGGCGGCAGGCGCGGAAAGACUGCCACUUGCGCAGUGCCCAGCGGAUGCUCAAGGCGCUGAAGAAGAACUCGGGGAUCUACGUCAAGCUAGGACAGCACGUAGCGGCGGUGCAGAUGCUGCCUGCGGAGUGGACGCAGACCAUGACGCCACUGCAGGACCAGUGUUUCCCUACGCCUAUCGAGGAGACGGACGCCAUGCUUCGGCAAGAUAUGGGAUUGGGGAUCGACGAUCUCUUCUCAGAGUUCGAUCCCAAUCCUAUCGGCGUCGCGUCGCUCGCGCAGGUCCACCGCGCGAUCGAUAAGCGCUCAGGCCGGCAUGUGGCCGUCAAGGUCCAGCAUGCCGAUCUGGAGGAAUUCGCACGGGUCGACAUGGUCACUGUCAAUUUCGCCAUUCAGAUGGUCACCUACAUCUUCCCCGAGUUUGAGUUUACUUGGCUCGGGGACGAGAUGAACCAUAUGCUUCCCCUCGAGAUGGACUUUCGGCACGAGGCGCACAAUUCCGCUAGGUGUAAGGCGGAAUUCGCGCAUCUGAGGGGGAAGACCAGUUUGUACCUCCCCGAGGUACUCUGGGCGGAGAGGCGGUGCAUGGUCAUGGAGUAUAUCGUGGGGGCGCGGGUCGACAACCUGGCGUAUUUGAAAGAACACAAGAUUGACAGGAAUCAAGUCAGCCAGGAGCUGUCGCGGAUAUUCAGCCAGAUGGUCUAUCUGAACGGUCACUUCCACGCCGAUCCACACCACGGAAACCUUCUUAUUCGGACGCGCGCACCCUCUUCUACCUCCCCCUUCAACUUUGACGUCUGCCUUCUCGACCACGGCCAGUACUUUGACAUCCCGGAUGACCUGCGAGUCAACUAUGCUCGGUUCUGGCUGUCGCUACUCAAACCAAGCUCAAAGUCCACCGAUGACGAACGGCGCAAGUACGCAAAGCUAGUGGGGAACAUCGAUGAUGAUAUGUAUCCAGUCCUCGAAUCUGCCAUUACCGGUCGUAUGAACCUCGGUGAAGGGGACGGGACCUCGCGUCCCGCUUCUCUGCUCGACAAUAAAAAGAUGGACGCUACCGAGGUCGCCAAGCUCCGGAAUGCUAUGAUGGAGCGUGAGGGACUCAUAGCGGAGAUCUUUGAGCUGUUACGGCGUGUACCAAAGCGUCUCCUUAUGAUCCUCAAAUUAUCAGAUCUGCAAAGAUCACUAGACUACAGUCUUGCCACGACACACGGUCCUACCCGUAUCUUCGUCAUUGUAGCCCGCUACUGCGCCGAUGCGGUCUGGCAAGCCGACUACCUCGACUAUCGGCGGUCGAUACAUACAGACGGCUUCUCGUUGCGCGCAACGGGGAUAGUGAUCCGGUCGUUCUUUUCACAUCUGUAUUGGUCGUCCGCGCUGGGUGCGGCGGAGAAGUAUAUGGAUAUGAGGGCGAGAUGGGUCAAGGUGCAAUUGUGGGUGGCGGGGCUGAGGAAGGGCGGGCUGAAGGGGGCGGAGGAUCAUGUAGCUGGUUUAGCAUGA